UUUUUUUUUUUCUUUCCUUUUUUUUUUUUUGUUUUCCUUCCCCUCUAAUUUUCAAAAUUAUGAUUACUGAAUUGAAUAUUGAUUGUUUAAUUAAAAUCUUCGAAAUAUUAGAGAAUGAUCAUAAAUCGUUACAUUCUUGUAUUCUUGUGAAUAAACUUUGGUGUCAAUGCGCUAUACCAAAAUUAUGGAAAAAUCCAUGGCGAAAUGGAGAAAAAAUUUCUUCUCAAGUUUCUUUAAUUAAAACUUAUAUUUCAGCAUUUCCAAAAGAAUCCAAAGAAAUCUUAUUAGAAAAUGGGUUCGAAUUAUCAUCAAUCGAAUCUAAUAGUAAUAAACCACAUAUUUUUAAUUAUAUAUCAUUAUUAAGAAAUUUACAAAUUUAUCAUUUGGAAUCAUCAAUACGUUAUUGGUUUAUUGAAACAUUUAAUAAUAAAUCAAUAUCAGAAUAUAAUAAAUUAUCAGAAUAUAAAUUAAAAUUAUUAAUUAAAGAAUUUUUUAAAUUUAUAUUUACACAAUCACCUAAUUUAUAUACAUUAAAUGCUACAUCAACUUAUGGUAAUUAUGAUCUUUUAACUGAUACUAUUGAAAAUAUUCCUCAAGCAAAAAAAUGUCUUUCAAUGAUAACAAAAUUUCAAUGUUAUAAAACUAUAUCAAUUGAAGUAAAAUUAUAUCCAGCAAUUUCAAAAAUAUGUCAAAAUAUUAAAAGAUUACAUGUUGGACAAGUAGAAAUUUCAAAAGAUUUAAUUUUAUUAAUUAAUUCUCAAAAAGAUCUUAAAGAAAUUAUUAUUGAAAAACAUUUUGGUAUGAAAUUAAAUAAUAAUCCACCAUCAUUAAAUUCUAAAGAAAAUGAAAUUUGUUCUUUAAAUUUAAAAAAAUCACCAU